GAAUUUGGAUGUUGAUAGGGACGUACGCGUUUGGCUGCAAAUAUUUGCUGCGAUAACUAAAUAAAUGAAAGCAAGGAAGUGAAAAUGAUAGAGUUAACGAAACAAAUAAAAUGUGCUGCCUAUUUAAAAGGACUCAAUCCGUGAAUUACAAUCAGGAAAUCGGGUCUACAGAUACGGAUAAUCUGUUAAUUUAUCUUCAAGUUAACAUUUUACAGUGAUUAUUUUGAUUGUAAUUAUAAUGCUUUAGACAAUCCGUAUAUAAUGGAGUUGUUAUAAACAUAGCAGUGGUCACUGUUCCAAAAUGUUUGACAAUUUCACACUUAUAAAUUGCGUCUAUUGUGGUUUUAUUCCGUCUGUUUCAGGAUUAAACAUGUUCAAACUUUUUAAAUCAAUCUAUUUGUAAUUAGAGAAUGUAAGGAGGCGUAAAGCAAAAAUAUAAGUGUGAUUAAUAAGGUGAUAAAAAGGCGAAAUAACCAAACGACAACAAUGACAACAGUAAGGAAAAGAAUCGGUGGUGGAUGGAAAACUGUUCAAAUGGCGAAGACAGACGGACAAGAUUCUGGGAUCUGGUCCCAAGAACAAACAGAUGGAGGAAAACAUAAACAAGUGUUAAAACAUUCUACAUUAAAAAAUAAUUUGCAAUUACAGUCCGAUCUAAAAAACGAAAAAGAAAGUGAUGCUACAUUUGAAAGUGAUGAAUUAGAAAGCUCAAGUGAAAACAAAGGAUAUAAAGUUUCAAACGAAGAGAUGGAAUACAAACUCCAGUUAGAUUCUCUAACUACUGAAAAAUCUAAUGGUCAAAAUGAAGGGGCAAGUGUUAUGGUUGAAAGUCAAAGAGAAAUAGAAAGGAAAGCAAUCAUUGGGGAUGAAGCUUUUGAGAAAGAUGUUAUAGAAACCAUUCAUGACGAAGGUAGCUCACUUUAUUCACCAGAAACUGGAUCUUCAGUGUCAUCGCUGGCGUUUGGCAAUUCAAAAAGCACUCCGAGAGAUAAUAAUACAAAGCUAGAUUCGUUCGCCAACUAUUCCGACUACCCAAUUCUGAAGAGAGUACAAGACAAUGUUAUUGGUCAUGACCUUGUGAUUAAUACACCAUACGGACAUAGAAAAGUGACAUAUUGCGAUUAUACUGCCUCCGGACGAUGUUUGUCGUUUAUAGAAGAUUUUAUCCGAGUUAACGUAUUUCCAACAUACGCUAACACUCACUCAACAACGGGACACAAUGCACGGCAAACAGGGAAAUACAGGGAGGAAGCCAGAACCAUUAUUAAGCGAAGUGUUAAUGCAAACAAGGACGAUGUGGUUAUAUUCACCGGAAGUGGUGCCACAGCGGGCAUGCAUAAAGUGGCUUGGGCUUUGAGAAUGAAUAAUCCAAGAAUUGCAGCAGACACGGCUGUGUUUAUAGGGCCAUACGAACAUCACUCUAACAUCCUACUUUGGAGAGAAUUUGGUGCAAAGGUGGUACGAAUUCGUCAUGACAACAAGAGUGGAAUGAUAGACAUAGAACAUUUCAGAGAUGAACUGAAGGUAAAAUCACACCAGAAUGGUGCAUUGGUGAUAUUUGAUUACGCAGGAGGAGGUCCCUACCUCAAGAUCGAUAUGAACCCAUCAAAGUUAGGAUAUAAAGACGCUGUCAUUGUCAGUCCUCACAAAUUUGUCGGCGGUCCAGGAACACCAGGAGUGGUUAUAGCAAAGAAAUGGAUAUUUAGGAACAUGGUUCCAGACAGAGUUGGCGGAGGCACAGUCAGAUUUGUUACAAGGGAGCAACAUGCUUAUGUGGGAAACAUUGAGGAGCGAGAAGAAGGUGGUACGCCUGCUAUCAUAGAAUCAAUUAGAGCGGGCAUUGUGUUUCAACUAAAACAGGAAAUUGGUACUGACCUAAUCCAUGCCAGAGAGAAAAUAAUGGUCAAGCGAGCUUUUGCAGUAUGGGAGGAGAACCCGUCAAUCUUCGUGCUAGGGAGUCACACUGCGGACCGAAUUCCUAUCUUCUCCUUUCUUACCAUCCAUCAAGAAACCGGCCGUCUCAUCCAUCACAACUUUAUAUCAGCUUUGCUCAGUGACCUGUAUGGUAUUCAGGCACGUGGAGGCUGUGCAUGCGCAGGUCCCUAUGCUCAGGAUUUAAUGGGCGUAUCAGAGACAACUGCUAAGAAGUAUAUGUUCUUCCUGUCAGAGAAACCGAACUGGAAAGAACAUCAUGGUGGGUCACAUUCUACACUGGAAGUCAUGAAACCAGGUUUUACAAGGAUCAAUUUGUCGUACUUCAUGGAUGACGAAACCACAGACUUCAUCAUCAAAGCUGUGGACAUGGUCACUAGAUAUGGAUGGAAACUUUUACCUCAGUACUCAUUUGAUGUAGAAUCGGGAUCAUGGCACCACAAAUCCUUUGCCAAUACAACGGCAGCAGGACUGAUGAGUCUCCAUCAUGCACUUGCAGACGAAGGUCAAGGUCAAACUCGUAAAGAUAAGGCGCAACGAAGUCCAUCAUACAAGGAAAUAUUAGAGAACGCGACAGAGGCGUACAAAGCAGCUGACAAUGCCUACACUAGGUCUAGGAUAUCGUCUGCAUCGCUUGUAUUGCGGGAACAUUUACCAAAAGAAAAACGUGGACUCAAGUGGUUCCUGACACCGCACGAGGCAGUAAACAUUUUAACGGACUCGGACAAGACGUAUCUUAAUAAGAAACCAUACAGGUUGCCAUUUAAGCUCCAGAAACCUUCAUUUAUGUCUGACCAGAGGACAGAGAGCGCUGAUGAAUCCUCUGUGACAUUGCCAAGGAUCAGGCAACAUCGAGCAAACGGACGCAUUUCGUUUCCUAAAGAUCACAAACGUGUUUAUCGGGACGCCGAAGAGUUGUAUCUGCCACCAGUUCAGACAACGGUAGAUGGAAUGAACGCGAGAAAACACGAGAACAUGCCAUACGAAGAAAAGGUUAUUGAUGUAUAUGCCACACCAAGACGAUCAAAGAAAAGUUCGGGACAUUGAUAUAUAUUUGAAAAUCGAGCAAAUAUUAGAAAAAAGAAAGACAUUUCAGAGACACAAGAAGAAGCCUGUUAAUCUUGUGUGGAUGAACGUAUUUGAAAUUUGACAUGUGGGAAGAAUACCAUGUAUAAAUGAUGAAAAUGAUAUCUAAAUCUACAUAUGGUACUAUUAUUAAUAACUCUAUGGCAGUUUUAGAAUCUGCAAAACUAAACUGCACAGAAUGAUCAGUUAAUUCAAUGAAAAGAAACUUAUAAAUCAAGCAUGCCUUAUUGCUAUAGUUGGUAAAGUCUUAGCAUGUAUUGUAAAUAGGAAUGUUUUAUUUAUCAACUUUGCAGGUUACACAACAUUUACAUUAAUUUAACAGGGGAUUGGUAUACGAUAUAACAUUACUUAUUACAGUUUUAAUGCUUUAUGGAGUCCAAUUUGUUUCGUGCGUUAAGUCAGCUUCUUUUGUGAGCAUGUAGUUCUAUACCAAGUGUUUGUACGGUAUCAUCUUAAAAUUGUAGAUGUAUGUACAAUGAUAGAGAAUGUAACUCUUCUUCAGGUGACGGUCAUUUUCAGUUUGUUUAUAAAUGACAAUAUUACGUCACCACUGCAUAUAUUCAGUUUGAAACUAUGAAAGAACGAUACUGCGGUGUUGAAAAAGUCAAAAUAUAAAAAAAACUCCGAUGAUGAUUUAUUUCGUACUUUCAUGAUCGUAAUUUUGGUUUUUCACCAUCGUAGUUUCGUGUUUUCAUCAUCGUUUUUUUUUCUCAAGUUUUUGCCUUCGUAGUUUCGUUAUUUCGACUUUUCAACAUCAACAUCUCGGCAUCGUUCCUUCGUUGUUUCGUGCUCAAAAUAUGCGGCGAUGGUCCUAACAGGAUAGCAUACAAUACGAAAGUUGUCACAAGCUGUGAUUUAAGUUAUAAAGCCUGAACAUGUAGCAGUGGUUUAUUUGUUCUUACGCAAUUUAUAAAUAAUUAUAUGUAACGUUUUUCUAUCUCAGCCAACGUAACGGCUGUUAUUUUCGUAUUGUUACAGCCGCUAUUCUUAUGCAAGAAUGCAAGAUAAAAAAUUGUAUUUCGUAACUCAGCUUCAAUACUUGCCUUUUCAAUUUGAAGGAAAAUAUUUUUGUAUUUUUGAUCAAUUCGAAACAUGAUUCAUUUAUUGUGUUUACAUUAUUCGACAUUUUUUUGUCUUGAAAUGAAAAGAAAACAAGAAAAAACAAGAACUUUGUUUCAUUUAGGUGUUCAUAACUCCCGCUGUAUAUUUUCAUGACACGAAGCGAAGCAAAAAUAGUAACACAUGAAAUACAUUGUUUUUACUAAACUAGAUUUUUAGUCAACGACUCGCGUGAAGGAAACAAAUUACGUACUGGAACUACAAGACAAUUAAUUUACAUCCAUUUUCAUGUUGUUGGUUUUUGUGUUUGCUUAACACGUGUCAUGAACGGUCAAAGUAAUUCAGUGGAAGAGAAAAUAUGGAGUAAUUUGAUUUUCAUUUGAAAAUAUCCUUUCAGUUUUUCAUCACUUUGAAGUCCUUUCAUUUAUGAGUUGUGUGUGUAUUAUUUGCGAGAGGUUUCAAAUGUGCAAUGUCUGUUAUCAGUUCGACGUCUUUCAAUUAUUUUUUUAAUUUAAAAGUUAAUUGCUCAAUAUGUAUACGUCUGUUGUGUGUUAUGAUGUAUGAUAUAUAUUUAUUCCAAACUGUUAUCUAAAUAAAAUAUUUUACUUUAUGAUAUUAA